UUUCAGCAAACUCGGGGAUGAUUGGUGGAUUGUUCGUUUACAAUCACAAAGGAGAAGUGCUCAUUUCGAGAAUCUAUCGAGACGAUGUAACCCGGAACGCAGUCGACGCCUUCCGAGUCAACGUCAUCCAUGCCCGACAGCAAGUUCGCUCGCCAGUCACCAACAUGGCUCGUACUUCGUUCUUCCAUGUGAAGCGUGGCAACGUCUGGAUUUGUGCGGUGACACGUCAAAAUGUCAACGCUGCCAUGGUUUUUGAGUUCUUGAAACGCUUCGCCGACACCAUGCAGUCUUACUUUGGAAAACUGAACGAGGAGAAUGUGAAGAACAACUUUGUGUUGAUUUAUGAGUUGCUCGACGAGAUUCUCGACUUUGGAUACCCCCAGAAUACGGACCCUGGUGUGCUGAAAACUUUCAUCACCCAGCAAGGAGUCAGAACAGCUGAUGCUCCUGUCCCAGUGACCAAAGAGGAGCAGUCACAAAUCACGUCUCAAGUGACUGGCCAAAUUGGAUGGCGUCGGGAGGGUAUUAAGUACCGCCGAAAUGAGCUCUUCCUGGAUGUUAUUGAAUAUGUCAACUUGCUCAUGAAUCAACAAGGACAAGUAUUAUCUGCUCAUGUUGCCGGAAAAGUUGCGAUGAAAUCCUAUUUGAGUGGAAUGCCGGAGUGCAAAUUUGGCAUCAACGACAAAAUUACCAUCGAAGGAAAGUCGAAGCCAGGAAGUGAUGAUCCAAACAAAGCAAGCCGUGCCGCAGUGGCCAUUGAUGACUGUCAAUUCCACCAAUGCGUGAAGCUGACGAAAUUUGAGACGGAGCACGCGAUUUCUUUUAUCCCACCGGACGGCGAGUACGAGCUGAUGAGAUACCGUACCACUAAGGAUAUCCAACUGCCAUUCCGUGUGAUCCCAUUGGUUCGUGAAGUGUCUCGUAACAAGAUGGAAGUUAAGGUUGUCGUCAAGUCUAACUUCAAGCCAUCCCUUCUUGCUCAAAAGCUCGAAGUUCGCAUUCCAACCCCACCAAAUACAUCCGGCGUUCAACUUAUUUGCAUGAAGGGAAAAGCCAAGUACAAGGCAGGCGAGAAUGCCAUUGUGUGGAAAAUAAAGCGUAUGGCCGGAAUGAAGGAAAGCCAAAUUUCUGCGGAAAUCGAUCUUCUCUCAACUGGAAACGUUGAGAAGAAGAAAUGGAAUCGCCCACCGGUCAGCAUGAACUUUGAGGUUCCGUUUGCUCCAUCUGGACUCAAAGUUCGCUACUUGAAGGUGUUUGAGCCAAAACUGAACUAUUCGGAUCAUGACGUCAUCAAAUGGGUUCGUUACAUUGGAAGAUCGGGACUGUAUGAAACCAGAUGCUAGAACUUCACCCAACCCUUUCUAUCUUCAUUUGCUCCCCAGCCGUCAAGCUUGAACAUUUGCUCAUUCUCGGUUCCAAGUGUUAAAUAUUAUUUAUUUGCUUCAUACAAUUUUUAAUUUUUUGUAAUAUUUUUGUAUUAUUUUCCAAAUUUCAUAAUGUAGAGUCAUCGCAGCAUUACAGUACUGUAAGAGUUGUUUUCAAUUUAUAAGAACUAUUAGAUCUUUAGACGUCUCGAUAAGCAUUUUCGCAUGCUUAUAAUUCCAUGCAUUUUCCGUGCCAAAAUUCAAAAACCCCCGCCCCACCCCGUUCCAUCUUUAUUUAUUGUCAGUGUAAAAUUUCAAAAUUUCUGGAAUCUUUUUCCAUCAUAAAAUUCACUUCAAAACGUCUUCUGAACCCCGUUGGAGCAAUAACAUUUUUAAAAUAUUUUUUUCAUUUACCUUUUCUUCAUAAUUCAUCAUAAUUUAUUGUAACGGCUUAAUUUGAUAUAUUGUUCUUUCUACAUUCCAUUUUUUGUCUCUCUCUCAAAAAUUUUCAAAUUUCUAUUGUUCAUUUCUCAUUUCUAGGUCCGCAAUUCAAUAAGUUUGUAAUUCAAAUGAAUAGCAUAAUAUUUAUUUUAAAUAAAAGUUUUUUUUAUUAAUA